CCUGGCCUCUUGCCACACCCAUUGUUUGGAGCCAUAAAACCCAACCCAGGUUGGACUCUCACCUCCUCAUCCCGUCCUGGUCAGUCCUUUCCCUAACGUUGGGGGUGAAGGGGCUGGUAUCCCCUAUAUUCUGGCUCCAAGAGCCUCCCAACCCCAAAGGGCAAGACUGGGGCCCUAGUGGACCUCUGGUCUGGCCAGGUUGUCGUUGCCAUGGCAACAAUGACAGUCCCCAGCCGCAGGUUCCCUAAGUGACUGGUUACUCUUUAACGUAUCCACCCACCUUGGGUGAUUAGAAGAAUCAAUAAGAUAACCGGGCGGUGGCAGCUGGCUGCACUCACUGCCUUCCUGGUGGACUGGCUCCCGCUGCUGCCGCUGUGUGCCUGGGGCCCCGGCUCCUCCAUGCCCCCGGGUCUCCGGCUGGGUGGGCUCCGCCAUGGUCAGCGUGAACGCGCCCCUCGGGGCUCCGGUGGACAGUCCCUAUGACACAUCCCCAUCAGAGGGUGCCAACCUCAAUGCACCCAACAGCCUGGGUGUCAGCGCCCUGUGCGCCAUCUGCGGGGACCGGGCCACGGGCAAGCACUACGGUGCCUCGAGCUGUGAUGGCUGCAAGGGCUUCUUCCGGAGAAGCGUGAGGAAGAACCACAUGUACUCCUGCAGGUUUAGCCGGCAGUGCGUGGUGGACAAAGACAAGAGGAACCAGUGCCGUUAUUGCAGGCUCAAGAAGUGCUUCCGGGCUGGCAUGAAGAAGGAAGCUGUACAGAAUGAACGGGACCGGAUCAGCACUCGCCGGUCCAGCUACGAGGACAGCAGCCUGCCCUCCAUCAAUGCGCUCCUGCAGGCUGAGGUCCUGUCCCAGCAGAUCACCUCCCCUGUCUCCGGAAUCAAUGGCGACAUUCGGGCGAAAAAGAUCGCCAGCAUCGCGGAUGUGUGUGAGUCCAUGAAAGAGCAGCUGCUGGUGCUCGUCGAGUGGGCCAAGUACAUCCCAGCCUUCUGUGAGCUCCCUCUGGACGACCAGGUGGCCCUGCUCAGAGCCCACGCCGGUGAGCACCUGCUUCUCGGAGCCACCAAGCGCUCCAUGGUGUUCAAGGAUGUUCUGCUUCUAGGCAAUGACUACAUCGUCCCUCGGCACUGCCCGGAGCUGGCAGAGAUGAGCCGAGUGUCCGUGCGCAUCCUUGAUGAGUUGGUGCUGCCCUUUCAAGAGCUGCAGAUUGAUGACAAUGAGUACGCCUGCCUCAAAGCCAUCAUCUUCUUUGACCCAGAUGCCAAGGGGCUGAGUGACCCAGGCAAGAUCAAGAGGCUGCGUUCCCAGGUGCAGGUGAGCCUAGAAGACUACAUCAACGACCGCCAGUAUGACUCGCGUGGCCGCUUCGGCGAGCUGCUGCUGCUGCUGCCCACCCUGCAGAGCAUCACCUGGCAGAUGAUUGAGCAGAUCCAGUUCAUCAAGCUCUUCGGCAUGGCCAAGAUCGACAACCUGCUGCAGGAGAUGCUGCUGGGAGGGUCCUCCAGUGAAGCACCUCAUGCCCACCACCCCCUGCACCCUCACCUGAUGCAGGAACACAUGGGCACCAACGUCAUUGUUGCCAACACGAUGCCUGCUCACCUCAGCAACGGACAGAUGUGUGAGUGGCCCCGGCCCAGGGGGCAGGCAGCCACCCCUGAGACUCCACAGCCUUCACCGCCCGGUGGUUCAGGGUCCGAGCCCUACAAGCUUCUGCCCGGAGCUAUUGCUACCAUCGUCAAGCCCCCCUCCGCCAUCCCGCAGCCGACCAUCACCAAGCAGGAAGUCAUCUAGCAAGUCACUGGGGGCCGGGGGCUCUGCUGAUCCCCUCGCCCCCUCCGAGAGCCCCUGAUGGUCACUUGGUCACAGUGAAGCAAGCUGUGACCACGGGCCAGUCCCAGAGCAGUGAUGGGAAAGGCGAGGGCGCUUGAACUCGGGCUGUGGGUUGCAUCUCACUGCCCCCCUUCACCACUUGCUCUGGAUAUCGGGGCUGUGACUUGGGGAGACCCCAGCUGGAAAAUCCUCUGCUGCUUGGACAGCUUUUCUCCUGCUGAAACCACUGCCUUCCCCUCAUCCUUUGCCUCACUUCUUCACCCCCAAAGGGCUGCCACCUGGAGACGACACGUGACCUUGCUGAAGCACGGCUCCCUCCCUGCUUAGACUGGUGUAAUGUUGGACACAGAGCCCUUCUGGGCUGGGCCACAUGGUGGCUCCUCCCACAUCCCUGUUCUGCUGCCGCAGCCACCACUGUCCCCCUUCCUUAGUCAUCCUCGUUUCUCCAAAGCCACCUCUCCAGAGGCUGAGGAAGACGUGCAAACAACACCCGCAGUCAUCCCAGGAGCGUUUGAAAAGCACUGACGAGCUCGCUGCAGUGUGGGAGGCUCUCGAGCAGGUGGAUGCCGUUUCUCCUCUAACCCCUGGCUCUUCCCUUCUUCCGGGACUUAGGAGGGUCCUUCGGGUCAGAGUGAUGGUCCCUAUAGGCUGCUGAACAUGAAAGAACAAUCCAGAGUGGACACUGCAGCCAGGACCUAUGGGGAGGCUGGGAGGGGUCAGAGAAGGCAGGAAGGGGCAGACCAUCCAUUAGGCCUUUAAGGAAGGGCUGGAUUCUGGCUGGUGGAACAAGUGAGCCAGAACAUUCUAAGGAAGAGCAGAUAGCCUAGACCAGGCGGGGAGGUCAGAAGGAGGCCAUGGAAGGAGGUGUUGAAAGACGGGGCUCUCUAGGGGAGAGGGUGCACUGGACAGCCUGGGGAUCUUGAACGCCAGACGGAGGCUUGGCGACUUGGGUCCCCAGGCUGUGAGUAGCUGGAGAGGGAUGUGCAGGAGCCGAGCUUUCAGAAACUGGAAGAUCACAGUCCUCCAGAGGUCAGAAGUUUGGGAGAGAGCAGGAAGGUCAGAUGGGGUCUGAUGGUGUCAUCCAGGUGAGGGAGAUGAAGCUGGGGAUGGAGAAGACAGAUGGGUGAACCUCAGGUGAGAGCAGCAACGAGGAGGAAUUAUCCCACCAGGCCUGUCUCGAGCGCUUCCUCCCGGUACUGUCUUAAGGCACUUGACCUGCCCCAUCUCCUUUCAUCCUCCUUAUUACCCAGAAAUCAUUACUGAAGAAGGAAUUGAGAUCUCAGUGGUUAAAUCAUUUUUCUGGAACUCACACAGCUAGUAAGUGACCCAGAUUUGAUCCCAGAUCUGCCAGGCUCAGGCACUCUUAGCCUCAGGUUGAACAUCUCUGAAAAGGCCCCCUCUGUCCUUACUGGGAUUGAGUUAAGAACCUUCCUGCCUGCUUCAGCAGCCUUGGAAGCCUCAUUCUCCCCAGAAGCCCUACCCACUCCCAGGCCUAAGAUUGGCCUGAGGCUGCACUAAAGUCCAGGUUGCUUCCAGAAUCCUGUUUGCUGAUAAACAUCAAGAAGUCGUGGUUCCUAGACCCCUUUUCUUUUCAGUCCCCAAGUGUGGGGAAGGGGCAUUCAGCAGUUCAUUGUGAGAGGGACCAAUGUGACCUGGCAUUCCGGACGUGGGAUGGUGUGAGUAGGGGCGGGGGAGAGGUAAGGGGAACUGGGUUUGAGACCCGCUCUGUGGAGCAUCACUCAGGGUACCUUCUGAAACCAUUAAACCGCAGAAUUGAGCAGCCAGUACUCAUCCAUGCAGAAUUUUAGAGGCUUUGUGAAAAUUCUGGAAAGUGCCACUGGCUAGUGGGAAUUAAAGGGAUGUGUCCUGGAACUGGAGCUUAGAGAGGAGAGUGAGCAGUCAGACUGACUACCUACCCCCCACGCAGGCUUCUGAGUGGAUGCAGGCAGCACCCCAGUGCCCCCCAAAUUCUACCAUUAGGGACUGCCUUUUGUGAGAGAGGCAGGAAGGGUAUUGGGAUGGGAUGUCCGAGAACAAUCAUCACAUCUGCAGUGCUGUCAGAGCUGGGGUUUCCCCUUCCACCAAGCCAAGUCCUCAGUCCCAGGAAAGGUUGUUCCCUGCUCAGGGCAGCCCAGCCUCCCUCAGCCACCCCUCAUUCCGGGGGCGUUCCCCCAGAAACCCCAUCCAGGGCACUCAGAUGGGUCUGGGGCAAGGUGGGGAAGCUGGGAUCAUUUCUGGUCAUUGUCAUGCCCCUCUUUGCCACCCCGACCCCCUCACCCUGCCUCACUGUUGCCCAGACUUCUGCCAUGGGAACAAAGCUGAGAUAAGAAGUUCCCGUGGGGUGGGGUGGGGUAGCUGUGAUUUUUAACGGUAGCCAAUCUUCUGGGCCAGGGGCCAAUUGCCGGCCCCAAAUCAACCUCCCUGGAGGAGAAAUCCAUGCCACUUUAAUAAUUUUAUUGCCACGCAGGAAACACAAAGAGAAUUUACUUUUCUGACUUUAAACUGAGGCCACCACGUUGGAAAAAUCUUUAUUUUCACUACCUGAGUUGUGAUCCUAAAACGUAAGAUCUCAUGGACUCAAAGAGGGUUGGAGGGCAAGCACGGACCGUGUAAUUCCUCCACUGAGACAACCUCUUCUCUGGGUGUCUCUCAGUAGCUUCUGGAACCCACACGGCUCUCCUGAGGGUGGACAAAUGGGAGCAGAGCCUUGGAAGUGGACGCUCCUCGAUUUCUUGUGAUGACCAAGCCAAUUACUUUUGCCAAAUUGCUCUGUGAUUUGCCUUGAUUGUGAUGAAGUUAGAAAUUCACAUUGAGCAGUUCUGAGAGUGGGCUGGCAUCCCGCCAGACUGAUCAACAUCUUCCCAUGGCGGAUGUCAUCGGGUCCUGUGCUGUCCCCAGAGCCCCUGUCACCGCCAUCCAACGGGGCAAAGAAGCAAAAAAGAUUUCUUACUCUUGUGCAUUUUAACAAAAGUUUAUAAAAAGAAAUAAAUGGCGCCUAUGUUUUCUAAGUC